AUGGUGUCGCUGCGAUGCGCCACCGCGCACCAGUCCCUCCUCGGCCCGCCGACCUGCCUCGCGCGCCCGCAGCGGCCGGCGUGCCCCAUCGCCGUGGAGGCCGUCGCGCAGUCCAAGGACAGUGAUCUUGCUCUUGCACAAGCCCGUGAAACUCGAGAUAAACUGAAAGCUGCACACUCCGAGUUAGCUGAGGAGGGGGCUGUUAAGAUCGUCAUUAUAAAGACCACAGGAGACAUGGUCUUGGACAAACCCCUUGCAGAUAUUGGAGGCAAGGGUUUAUUCACCAAGGAGAUAGACGAUGCGCUGUUGCAGGGAAGGAUUGAUAUUGCUGUUCACUCUAUGAAAGAUGUCCCAACAUAUCUACCUGAAGGAACAAUACUGCCAUGCAACCUCCGGCGAGAAGAUGCUAGAGAUGCAUUUAUAUGUCUGACUGCAAAUUCACUUGCGGAGCUUCCUUCUGGUUGUGUCGUCGGAAGUGCUUCCCUGAGGAGACAAUCUCAGAUUCUCUGCAGAUAUCCGUCACUUAAGGUUGUUAACUUAAGAGGAAAUGUUCAGACACGGUUAACGAAACUCAAGAACGGAGAUGUCCAUGCUACGCUGUUGGCACUGGCUGGACUAAAGCGGCUAAAUAUGGCAGAAAAUGUAACAUCUAUAUUAUCCAUGGAAGAAAUGCUUCCAGCAGUUGCCCAAGGUGCCAUUGGAAUAGCUUGCCGAAGCAAUGACGACAAAAUGAUGGAGUACCUGUCCUCGUUGAACCAUGAAGAUACCAGAUCAGCUGUUGCAUGCGAAAGAGAAUUCUUGACAGUUCUUGAUGGUAACUGCCGAACUCCAAUUGCAGCCUAUGCUCAUCGUGAUAAGGAUGGGAGUUGUUCAUUCCGAGGUCUAUUGGCUUCACCAGAUGGAUCUAAAGUAUAUGAGACAACAAAAACUGGACCGUACUCUUUCGACGAUAUGGUUGAGAUGGGCAAAGAUGCUGGUCAUGAGCUGAAGGCAAAGGCUAGGCCUGGGUUCUAUGGUUGCUUGCAAUGGAAAGAAUGA